CACAUCCAGAAGAGCCAGAGCGAAAAUAAGUUUGGUCUAGCAGGGCACCCGCAGGAACGUAUCGCCCAAUGUGAUACAAGAUGUGAACCGAACAACUCGUGUGCGCUUCAAUUUUUCGCUCGUGUCCAUAUCUCUGGUCCUUUUGGAGGAAAAGUAGAAGUCUCUAAAGUUGGAGUGCUGGAGAUACCGAUGGUCUGUAGAAAAAUAUCUUUGCUGCAGCAGUGAUUUUUGCGGGUUUGUUAAGAAGUUAAAAGAUCAAAUUACGUAUGGUGUAAAACUUAUCACAAAUGUGCAACAGUAGUGGAGGAAAAAUAUAAACCGAAAAAGUAUUAUUUUCGGAGCACAAAUCCAAAUCAGCAGCAGCCUACACAGGAAUGUGAACAGUGAAUUUCUGAGAAGCAACAAGUGUUAUAACAGAUCUUCAUAUCGCAAGGAGUUAUAUCGAUUUCGAUUAGUUUUCGUCCAGUGACUGGGUUUUUAUUUUUGGUCCAUUUGGAAGAUUUAUCCAUUUGAUAAUCCUUGCUGUGGGUGUUCCGGUCGGGAAUGGAAGUAGUUGCUGGCAGAGGCAUUCCAAUCCCGUAUCUACUGAGCGUAAACGCAGCACUGCUGGGUACUUCAGAGUACGAACGUGAUAUCAACUAUACAUCGGAAAGCUUGCAGCCUAUCUUCGGUCCUCGAGUGGUAGUCGCUUGAACAACUCCGAUGAGAACCGCAGUACCUGCACCGUAGACGCAACCAACACAUAGUCGCUCCCCUUUGGUCAGAUUGAGUCAAAAUCACCAGCACCAAACUCCACCAACGCAUCGUGACGGCUUUCGAUAGCAGAGCACCGAGCAAGUAUUGUAAACGAGGAUUGUCCUCCGACUAAUAACUCACCAGGGGAUACAAAACAACACGCGCCAAAAUGAAUCAGAGGCUUAAACCAACGGUCGACAGGGAUCAACCGCCGGCGGUUGAUCCGGCAGAUAUCCUUUACAGUAUCGAUCUCGGCAAUGCACCGAGUGAGACCUUCAUACAUCCCAGAAACAUCGCUAACAAUCACAGCAACAACAUCGGUGCUGAUAAUUUGAGGCCUGACGACCUGAAAGUUGACAUUCGAGGUGUUCCAGAGUACUACCGGGCCGAUGAUGAUAACUAUAAACCGUUCACAAUUUACGGAAACCAUGGUGAUGGAAACGAUAAACUGUCCGUUCUACCAGCUUCGACAACCGGCUCAUUAAGCUCAAUCAUAACGACGUCCGUGGCAUCCUCCGAACCAGAUCGUGGUGAUCAUCGUGACGGUGGCGUUGGCGGUGGUGGUGAUGAUGACGACAACAAUGUAGUAUCGACCACGGGCGGCAAGUGUGUCGGCGAUGGCGACGGCCAUGGCGGCCCGGGCGGCGGAAUCAAGCAGGAAAAGUGGUGGCAAACGACACUCCAGGUGUCGAUCCCGUUCUUCAUUGCCGGCAUCGGCACCAUCGGUGCCGGCAUUAUUCUCGGCCGCGUGGAGGGACGCAGUGCACUCGAUGUAGAGUUUGCAUUUAUCUCCUUCAUAACGUCGCACUGGAAAGUCUUCGCCCACGUGUCGGAGCUGUUCAUCCUCGUUCCAGCCCUGCUCGGCCUUAAGGGCAACCUGGACAUGUGUCUCGCGUCCCGACUGUCCACCCAGGCGAAUCUCGGCAAUAUGACCAGCGCACGGGAGAUCACGCACAUGAUCGUCGGCAAUAUCGCGCUGGUACAGGUGCAGGCCACCGUCGCAGCCUUCAUCGUGUCGAUCUUUGCCGUGGGGGUGGGCGCUGCCCUCAACGGACGGUUCCUGUUUGACCACGCGAUGCUGCUGACCGCGUCGAGCAUGUUCACCGCGACGUCGUCGUGCUUCGUACUAGACUUUGUAUUAGUGGCUGUGAUUUUAUUGUCCCAUAAGUUGAAGAUGAAUCCGGAUAAUUUGGCAACCCCGCUGGCGGCGUCGAUCGGUGAUGUGGUAUCGAUCAGCUUGCUAUCCUUCAUCGCGUCACUGCUGUUUGAACAUAUAGACACUCACCUCUGGAUAACAUUCGUCGUGGUUACCUGUUAUUUUAUUUUGUUACCAUUUUGGGUAUUUUUAGUGAUUAGAAAUAAGUACACCCGACCCGUAUUGACAACCGGAUGGGUUCCCGUACUGUCGGCGCUCUUCAUCAGUGGAUUGGGAGGCCUUGUCUUGGAUACCGCCGUCGGCAUCUUCAACGGUUUCGUUGUGUUCCAGCCAAUUAUCAAUGGUAUCGGUGGUAAUCUAGUGUCGGUACAGGCGAGCAAAAUCUCCACCAUGCUCCACCAGAGCUCGAUCAUUGGAAUCAUUCCGCCACACGCCAAGAUCUUCGAAAUGCCCUGGAAGGCGUUGUUCAAAGGCGUACCCUAUGCUAAAACCGCUAGGAUUCUGAUCCUCAUGUCAAUUCCCGGACAAGUGCUAUUCAUCUACGUCGCAGAUUACAUACACAUGUCCGAAUCAACUAUUGGUGCUCCCUUCAUAUUUUCAUACUUACUCGUCAGUUUGGUUCAGGUCAUGCUGCUCCUGUACAUCGCCCACGUCAUAAUCCACGCGAUGUGGAAGUGGAAAAUCGAUCCGGACAACUCGGCCAUCCCCUAUUUGACGGCGCUGGGCGAUCUGCUGGGUUCAAGCUUCCUGGCGUUGGCGUUCCUGUUUCUGCAGGGCGUCGGUCAUCCUUAUGGGGAACAUCCGGAGGAAAUCCACGAUGGCAGCACGACGACUAUAUCUUUCGAUCUGGCGGACAACGAUUUGAGUAAUAGUUUCGGUAUUUAAAAAACUACCCCCGUUAGAUCUAGAUGGACCAAACAAACCAACCCCCUUUAAUAUGUACUAACACAAAGUAUGUGAGACAAGCAGUAAACCAUCCUCGCGUUUCCCUGUCCGCCCAAUUAGUGUCCUCAGUUCCUGUCCCCCGUCGGAAAAAAAACCCACUAAUUGCUCUGUAUUUAUGCUUACUUUUUAAUAACAGUAUUGAAACUCUUAUUUUUUAUACGUAAGUUUAGUUGUAUGUUCCGUUUAUUUUUUUACAAGCUUAUAGUUACGCCGGACAUUAGUUUACAACGGUCUUACCAAAUUUCCUUAGGAAGCAACGCAACACUGAAACACCCAAAACGCAGAGCAAGUUCUUUCCCACAGGUUUGCAGGCUAAUAAAUUCCGAAAGGCGCUCUCUGUGUAGUUAUAUUCGCUUGUAUCAAAAGCCUUGUGCGCGGGAAAAUAGUUUUACGUAGAUCGUCUUACAAGUAUGUAUGUUUCUGCUUUACGAGUACGGAUUUAGUUUUCAAUCGGUUGCUUUUUAAUCGAAGAAAUAUUGCUCAUGGAACGAAAAUUGCUGCACUGUGAAGUGUUACGCGUGAACACUUAUGAAAUGUGAUUGAUUUAUUGUAAUGCGAAGGCAUGAUUUGCAAAAACAAAUAUCAUUACCAACGUUAGUCUAAUUGAACGAAACAGAGAAACAAAGCAAAAAAAAACUACCAACAAUGAGGCAUCGUUACAAAUUAAGAUAAUUUGAGGUUAAGUCAGUUUUCAUUUAGCAUUUAAGGUAAAGUCAAUUGUAAAUAGAAGAAUCACUACCGCAAGCAGAACAGAAAAAAAAAUUAGAUACAAUAAGUUCCCACUGGCAUGGGCAAGAAAAACAACUUAAAUAGUUUCAUUGUCUUGUUUUGGUCGCAUUGGGUACGAGAAUUAGGUUAUUUUCGAAUGGUUGUAAAUAUUUAGACAAUUGUUUCUUAAUUUUACUAAGAAAACGACGCCACCAUUAUCAUUUCUUUUAGGUCAUACAGUAAAAUUAAAAUAGAAAACGAUUAUUGCAAAUAAAGCUACCCGCAUGAUAUGCUUUCGAUUCCUACUAUUUUACUCCAGUGUUUUCCCUCUUAACCCUAAAUUAAUCUUUUGUGUUAUAUCUUCCAAACUUUAAAGUAAACAACUUUUUCUCUACUUUAUCAUCCUCUAUAUUCCUUUUUUUCCACAGCUCCACAGUUGGCCUAAACUUUAUCUUUAUUUGUUCAAACCCAUGUAGUUCUGGUUUCUGCUACUAUCAACCGAGCGCACGCACACACUCUCCGCAAAAAAAAAUCUGAUAUUUGAGAUCAGUGACGUUUGAGAAGAUCACGUGUUUUAUGAAAAAAUAAAGAUUACAUUUUAAAAAUUAUAAGUUUCUUAAGUUUUAGCCCUUUUGUGUUCAAAUCCGUGAAUGAAAAGCUUUAGCCUAUGAUAUAAUCGUAUGUAUCUACAUGGAAAUGAGGUUAUUAAAAUUGGUAGCACUCAGAUUGUAUUUUGUUCUUAAAAGACAACUCAAAAAAAAAACAUUUUCUCUAGUCCAUAGCUGAGACAUGACAAUAGUGGGGUCGAUUCCGGACCAGUUUUCUGCCAAACUCGGACCAGCUGCUGAUUGGUCAAUUGUAAAGGGUUGCCAAUAAUAUUUGAAAAUACACCUCUACACAAAUGGCUCACGAACGAACUGUCGAAUUACAGUGAAAGUGCCUACUCAGUUUUUUGGUAACUGUAACCACAUCGUAAUCUAGGUCAUGCGGAGUCAAUCAAAUAUAUUUUUCAGGUGCAUUUUGCUUGUAAAAAAAAUAACUUUGUUCCGCAUGUUAUCAGAUAUUUCUCCUAUGAAAGAAGCAAACGUUUUCAUGACCUGGGCUCUGUUAUUUACCUUCUUGAUCGAACUAGAAUUUCACUCAAGAAAGUUUAUCUUUCUGCAGAAAUCUUUGUGACAAUCAAUUCCUACUACAUGCAGCAGAGAUACGAAGAUUUCGAAUUCAGGGGAUGUCUAUUCGAAAUAUUCAAACUUUGCCAGUUUUAGUAGUUAGACCUUGAAGCGUUUUUUAAAUAGUUGAUACAGCACAGAUUGAACAAGGAAGAACUUUAGAAAAUGUAGAAAAUGAGAAAAACAAAGCAUGACAUCCGAAAUAUGUCCAUUUAAGUAUUAUGCAUUGAUCCUGAUAUUUAUUUUUUUAAUGAACUCGAAUGAAAUAAAUGUUAUAAUUUGUGCAAUUUAGUUUAGUUGUUUUAAUGAAUCAGAAUCAUAAAAACCUAACAUUUGGUGA